AGGAGACUUCCCUGUCAGUCGUGAUAGUAACAACAAGGUGAAGCGUUGCUUACAAUCUCGGAGCAUCAUUUGCAUUCAAAACGGUCAGAUUCACCUCCUUUGCUGAGUGGAUUUUUGUGUUUUCAUUGAGAAUUGUGAUGAUUAAAGAGCAAAAUCUCUGUGCGUAAAAGGGACAUUUUGGAAACAAUGGAUUGGUUUGUUUCUGGAGAGCAUCGCCAAGGCGCAUUAAUGAAAAGUGUCACAGCUUCAGAGGAGAAAAAGGAACCUCUGCUUGGUGUGAAUCUGUAAAAGAAGAGAGGAAUCCCUGCAGAUAUGAACUCCACGGCAGCCACGGGGAGAUUCCAGCCGCCCACCAUCCCGGCGAUCAUGUUCAUUUUCGGGGUGGUGGGGAAUGUAAUCGCUAUCGUGGUUCUGAGGAUUUCUCGGAAAGAACAAAAAGAGACCACUUUUUACACUCUGAUAUGUGGCCUGGCGGUGACGGACCUCCUGGGCACCCUGCUGGCCAGCCCCGUCACCAUCGCCACCUACAUGAAGGGCGCGUGGCCGGGCGGGGAUUCGCUGUGCCAGUACUCCGGCUUCAUCCUGCUCUUCUUCUUCUUGGUGCAGCUCAACAUCGUGUUCGCGAUGUCAGUGGAGAGAUUCUUGGCCAUCAACCACGCGUAUUUCUACAACCAGUAUAUCAACCAGAGAGUAGCUGCGCUGACUCUUUUUGGCAUUUACAUCUCCAACAUUGUGUUCUGCGCGAUGCCCAGCAUGGGGAUCGGACAGGUGAAGAGGCAGAAGCCGGGGACCUGGUGCUUCAUAGACUGGCAGAACAACGACACGACAGUGGAGACAUUCAACCUGAUGUACGCAGGUGUCAACUCAGUCAUUGUUCUCGCCACAGUCAUAUGCAACAUAAUGGUGUGUGGAGCUCUGAUCCUGAUGCACAAGCGCUUCAUCCGGCGCACGUCUUUGGGCACGGACCACAGACGCAUCGCGGAGCUGAGGCGCAGGCGGAGUUUUGGACGUUUAGCUGCUGCAGAGAUCCAGAUGGUCAUUCUGCUUAUUGCUACCUCCGCUGUGGUUCUCAUCUGCUCCAUACCUUUAGUGUUGAGGAUCUUCGUGAACCAGCUGUACCUGAACCAGAAAGAAGAGCCUUUAGGGUUGAACAAAGACCUGCUGGCGAUCCGCAUGGCUUCUGUAAACCCCAUCUUGGACCCUUGGAUCUACAUCCUGCUCAGAAAGACGGUCGUUCUCACGCUGAUGGAGAAAAUCAAAUGCCUGUUCUGCAAAAUGGGCGGGCGGGGACGGAGGAACGGCGGGCAGUUCUGCUGCACCGACGGACGCCUCUCCUCCUCCAUCGUCUCCAGGGACUCUCCAUCGCUGGUGUCACGGGAAUUACCGGAAAUCGUGACCACCUCGCAGACUUUCCUGUACCCAUCUGAGGGAAACGGCUCUGGAAGGUUGGGGUCGUUUAGAGCAGAGGCGCAAGAUUCACAGGGUCCCCAGGAGGGGGAAGAACCUCAGACGGGGCUUUUGCAGACUGAUUUAGAGGACAGAAAAUCAGAAAGGACGCUGGAAGAGCUGCCAGUGUGCAGCAAGGACCCGGCUUUGCAUGUGACUUUUACAGACGAGACGGCAAACACACUGGAGAAAUGUAUAUAACCGUGCAUGAACUCUGAAAGCAUUCAUCACUGUAAUAAAAAUGUCUCUAGGCAGAUAUGGAAGCUAAUGAUCACACUGCAAAGACUAAUGGACAAGCAUCUGAUGACUGAAUACUCCAUUCAUUAAAGCAUGGAUAUCUGUGGACUGCUAAAGUGAUUUAAAGACCACUUUAAUGUGUUAAUCCUCUGCAAUCACACAUCUGUAAAUUGUCAUACAAUCAAGACUUUACUAACUACUCAGAACAAUACGAUGCUGCAGAGGAGCCUUAUUGUUGCACUUUCUAAAACCACUGCUAGAUUGUCUGUAUUGUUUCCUUUGUAGCACUUUGACAGCUGCACACUGACUGUAAAGAAUUCAUGUUAAAAUGUGAACCAUAACGUUAAUUUAUUCUCUUAUUCUUCUCUGUGAGAAGGUCCACACUGGUCUGGAGCCAUGCUGAAUCGGUACGUGAUGAAAUGUUCAGAAUGUUGUUGUUCUUCGCGUGUUUGUUUCGGGUACAUAGAAACAUUUGCAAAUAAUUAGGUCAAGUUGGCUGACGGGGCAGCUCUGACAUCAAAGCUAGGAGCAUGCCACCCCCUGCAUUUCAAAAUAAAAGGCAGCUAUACUCCGGCUUUUCCAGCGUACGGACAAAGCAGGAUGUUAAAGGAUCUCCCAGAGGGUAAUGUGUUCAUCUGCUAGUUUCGGGUCAUUACUUUUAAAGACAUUCUCUUAAUGUACUCUCAUCUAAUCAUACGUCAGCGCUUAUAGGGAGAAUUAAAUGAGCUCAGUGAGGUUUAACUGAGGCCUUGCCUUUUGUUUGAACAGAUCAUUUCCUGGUGUUAAACUCCAUUCAUACUGUAGUUGCUAUGUAACUUGAUAUGAACGUAAUAUGCUAAUGUGUUUUUUGUUGGAGCAAAAAUCGGUGUCAAAUUUACCAGAAAAAGUGUGCACUUUUGUGAGUGCUGUACCAAAUUCAU